AUGGUGCCAUCUCGCUGCUGUCGAUGUUGCGCUGCGCUGGCUAUUAUCACUGCAGUGUCCGUGCUUGCCAAUGAGGCCCUGACUUCUCCGCGCAGCUUCGUGUCUCCUGGUGGCUCGGGGCCCCGUGGCGGGAACCGGCAAGGCACACCCGAGAAGGAGCGAAGCGACCAAGGACGUCUCGAAACAAUGCUGCAGAGAAACUGGGAAGGUUUCAAUGCGACCUACAGCAAACUUUGGACCGGUGAACAGCUGACUGCAGAUGAUGUUCAGCGAGAUUUGGAUGUCACUUUUGCAAUGUCAUUGGCAAUAGGCAUCUUCGAUUCGUAUGUGCGUGUUGCGCCACCGGCGCAGCCACCGGAUUGCGUAUCAUACAGUACGCGCGGAACGUGCUGCCCUUCCCUCGCAUGCUACAAGGACCUGCCCAUGGGCCUGAAGAUAUAUGUCACGCUGCUCCUUCUUCUGGCCAUGCGCGGCGGUGUGCGGAUGAUCAGCGAAAAUCCAUCUUUGAGUGCUGGCGGGAUUACUGGAAACUUGGAGAAAGACGUUCAUGCCUCCCUCUUUUUCAAACGGUUCAUGGCAGUGCGACCAAUGGACCUUGUGGCAUCAGCCGGCAAGUGGCUUCUGAAUCAGAGCAAAAGAUCUCGUGCAUCCAUGGAUUCGAGAUUGUCAGUUGGAGCUGCCGAGUCCACAGGGAGUGAGAUGGUGUCUGCCGACCUCCUUCAUGCCUUGCAGGGCUUAAGACGAAGCCAAGGUUCUUUGGGCUUGGGCCUGGGCCAUUGCAUGGGUGAGCCGGCCGCUCUCAUUCGAGCUGCUUCCGCUGGCUUCGGCGCCUUGGAAGAGUUUGGCGAAGCUGCGAAACAGCGUAAUGUGCCGAACCGCCCACCCUACAUUGCCUGCACGGAGGCAGCCUCAGUGCGUGCAGCAACCUGUCGCCGGCUACUGCGGAUAUGGCCAGGAGGCCCUGUGGAGGACUUUCGGAGCGUUGUGGGAGGCCUCAGUGGCUUCGAUAGCCUCGAAGCCCUUUCCAAGGCCCAGGUUGGGGUUCGAAGAGUCACGCUUUUCGACAUCAACCGGACACAGCUGCUCUACGGCGAGCUGGUCCUGGAGCUCCUGUGCCUAGCAAGUUCUCGUGAUGCCUUUCUGGCGUCCCUUUUCGGACGCUCGGAGAGGAAGUUCGGCAGAGUGCUUGGAGUUUCCAACAUGAUGGACUUUCUGGAUUUGCCAGUGAACAGAGACAUCGAGUCCUCGAUCGUAUGCCAGCUGCCGGCCAAGUUGCAAGGACUGUAUCGGACGGUGUUUACUUGCAUCUCCACACCAUGCGGUUGGCCAGUGGCCUGGCCAUCGUUCGGGCAACACGAGCUGCUUCCCAAGAGAAGGAGUUGCGUUGCUUCCCUGACAAAGUCGCAGAGGCGCCUCGGUGGCCAGAAGAAUGAGGCCUUCCAUGUAAACGAGUGCGGUUGGCUGAGGGAGGAAACGAGCUACUGUCGACUUCGUGCAUUGUUGAUGGAUCUUCGCGCAUCUGGCUCGCUGUCUUUUCAGCGGAGGAACCUGAAAGACAUGCAUCCAACUGAUGGACCGACAGUGCUCUUCAUCUCCAACAUCGACGGUUCACCGCAAUUCCUGGAUGAGUUGGCUCUGAAAGACCUGCGCCAGGGCCUUUCCCGAGGGCAUGGUGGGACGCUGCUUCUGUCAACUCGCCGGGCCGAGUGGCUGGCUGAGGACAGCCCGUCCUCAAGCGGCUGA